CAAAAAAAGGCGUGGAUUGGAAAGCUUCUUCCUCUGGUUCGGCCUCCCGUCGCCCUAGUCAAGCACAAGGAGGCCGGGGUGAGGAAGAAGUGGCCAUGAAAGAAGUCGCGGCACAAUUAGUUACAGUAGUGGCCCCGUUGACGGAGUUUGUUCAGGGCCUGCAGCGGCAACGCCUAGCCGCUGCACAACGACAACAAGCGGCUAUGGCCGCCGGAGCCCCUAUGAUUAAACCGGCCGUGGCCGUGGCUGUCCAGUCCCUAUGCUAUUAUAACUGCAAUCAGCCAGGUCACCUUGCGAAAGAUUGCCCGAAACCUCGAGCUCAGGGUGGGUCCGCUGGGCCUUCCCAAAUCCCGUUGGCUGCUCCAACCGCUGCAGCACAGGGGAGGGUUGCCAUGGUGAUGGAUACCGGGGCAACGGAAAUAGUGACCCCUGCGGCCACCGAGAUAGGGCCCGAUGAAUAUAUGGCUGCGGCGAUGUUCAAACCCGGGACCAUCGGAGUGAUACGUCACGUCCAACGAAUUACCGAGGAAAGCGACCUCGGACCGUGGAGACCAGGGUUCGAAGACCUUCCGGCGCCUGUGGCCUUGGAGAAAAGCGAGUUCUUCUUGUCGGAGAUCUCAUUCUUGGGGUACAUCGUCACAGUUUAUGGACUAAACCCGGAUCCGAGGAAGGUGGCAGCAGUUCAAGAAGCCCCGGCGCCGGUCACACUCACCCAGGUUCGGGCUUUUCUAGGGCUGACAUCCUAUUACCGACGCUUCAUCAAGGGGUUCGCCGGUAUAGCGAAGCCCCUCACGAACCUGCUGAAGAAAGAGGAACAACUGAUCUGGACGCCGGAAUGCGAAGCGACGUUUCAGGCGUUGAAGGAGGCUCUGACAUCUGCUCCUGUGUUGGCGCGCCCCGACCCGACAAGACGGUUCGCACUGUACACAGACUGGCAGCCUCAGGCGAUAUCGGCGGUGCUGACUCAGCACGGGGCGGACGGCAGGGAACACGUCAUUGAGUAUGCGUCCAAGACGCUGAGCCAGGUGCAGGCUAAUUACGAAGCGUGCAAAGGUGAAUGUUUGGCGGUGGUGUGGGGGAUCCUGCAUUUCCGACCGUAUCUUUACGGCCAGAAAUUCCUGCUGUGGAGGCGUUGGCAAGAGCACUUCAUUGAGUUGUCGGUGUGUCUGGUCGGAGUAAGGGUCACGUGGACGCAGCACAAAGAUCACCGCCAGUGGGCCGAGUACCUCGAGCUGCUCCUCAUCCAGGCGUGGCGAACGGAAGUGGAAGGCGAUCUGCUCGGAUUCCUCUUCGGAUCCGUGCGGACCGAUCAUAGCCAACCGAUCUCGCACGAGUUAACGAUCCCCCUCGCACAGCUGGCAGACGAUCUCCCACUCAAGAUCAUCUCGCAGAGCGAUGACAACCCGGUCCCGCAUGUUCUUACGCAGACCUUGGCGCCAUAUCUUCAGUGGUCGGCGUGCUUAGAGGAACCAGGAAACGGCCGCAACCCACCAUCACAACGCAGGUACCUGGACCCGCGCGAGAUAGUCGACCUCGCCUUCUUCCAAGAUCGAACAGCUUCCGAGAACGAGGAGGUCAAGAUUGAAGCCGAAGAUGAAAGCUCGGAAGAAGAAGAAGAGGUCAAGGAAAAAACCGACGAGGAAGAAACUCCCGAGGAAGAAACUCCUGAGGAAGGGAGCUACAGUGAGCACAGCGAGGGCGAGCAGAGUGAAGAGGAGGCGGAAGAAGAGCAAGACGACGAAGAAGAAGAAGAAGACCAGGAGGAGUUAGUAGAGUCAGAGUACGAAGGAUUCGAGGAGGAAGUGCGCGGCAAGGCUCGGGCGCAGGCCUAGGCACAGAAAAAGGAAGAGAUCGCGGUCGGAAAGCGACCAUUGGAAUUCGCCAGCGCAGCCGGCGAGCCGCUCACCGACAAUCCGGCCCGGGACCCCGAGUCGCCUAAGCCCGAG